GGCGGCCGGCGAGGCCGCCGGUGCGAUGGGGCUGCGGGCGGGCGGAGCGCUGGGGAGGGCUGGGCCGGGCCGGGGGGCGCCCGGAGGACCCGCGCCCGGCGGCGGCGAAGGCGCGCAGGGCGGCAGCAUCCACUCGGGCUGCAUCGCCGCGGUGCACAACGUGCCGCUGAGGGUGCUCAUCCGGCCGCUGCCGUCCGUGCUGGACCCGGCCAAGGUGCAGAGCCUGGUGGACACGAUCCGGGAGGACCCGGACAGCGUCCCCCCCAUCGAUGUCCUCUGGAUCAAAGGAGCCCAGGGCGGUGACUACUUCUACUCCUUCGGGGGCUGCCACCGUUACGCAGCGUACCAGCAGCUACAGCGAGAGACCAUCCCCGCCAAGCUAGUCCAGUCCACCAUCUCGGACCUGAGGGUGUACCUGGGUUCUUCCACGCCGGACUUGCAAUAGCAGGCUCUUAGGUACCUGCCACACGCCUGGAAGCCCAGAAGAAGAAAUACCCGGUUUCCGGUGGGCUGGGCUGCCAGAAGGUGCAGCAGGGGAGCAUUCUCUGUGCGCCAGGAGGGAGGAGGGUCUGACUCUAAGCACCCUCUUUGCUAGCUACAAGACCUUGGACUCGCUCCUGAGUGGCAUGGGACCCGGGUCCCACCGCUGUGAACAUGGGUCAUGUCUUCGCUUCUGAGGGAUUAUUAAGAGGAUGGAAUGAGAAAGGAGAAGGGCUUGGAGAACCACAUGUGGCUGGCUCCACAUCCCCAAGGACAAGGGUCCUUCUGCAUUUUUGUCUUUGUCUAUCCUAUUAUGUGGAAGACAGUUAGCUGGCAGUAAAGGAAAACCUAGGUUAACAAAGCAAUGCUUGUUUUUCCACAUAGCAUCAAUUUUGGAGGCAGAUGAUUGUAUUGCUUUAACAACUCGGCGAAGGAAGGCCACACAUCUCGGUGGUGCUUUCAGUCUUUCCCUCGUUGCUUGUGACUUCAUGAUCCACAGGAUGGCUGCUUUACCUCUAGGAAUCAUGGGUAUAUUCAGGGAGGAGAGUGGUGGCGGAGAAGGAAGAGCUGAGCCAGCUGGGCCUCUCAACUUCUAUCCUAACGUCAGACCUUGUUCAGAGGCCUUUGUCCUGCUCUCUGCCCCGUAUAGUUCCACUUAGGUCUCCUGGGCCCAAACUAUCUACCGUUGCUACCCCAAGAUGCAAAGAUAGCUAAGACAGCAGGAAACAGAAUUGUCACAAUUGAGUACACCAACCAUGUCCCAUCUCCUGCAACUGGCACACUGCCUCCUAAAGCAGAAUCGGAAUCCCACUACAAAGAGAGAAGUGAGUGAUUGUAUCAGCUAGUCUUUGCUGUGUAGCAUACCAUCCCCAAACUUAGCAGCUAAAGACAAGUCGUUUACUUACCCACAAUUCUGUGGGUUGGCAGUUUGGACUGGUGUAAUCUGGACAGUUCUGACGUCGCCUAGGGUCAUUCCCAGGACUGUUUGCCAUCAGCUGUCAUCUCAGAUGGAUCAAGGAUAAUAUAACUCACUUGUCUCUCAGUUGGCGGGCUGCUGGCUGGGUGGCUAGUUCUCUAUGUGGCCUCUCCAGCAAGCUAGCUCAAGCUUAAUCACCUGACGGCCUCAGGAUUCCAAGAGAAUGGGGACAGAAGCUGGGAGGCCUCUUGAGUUCUCUGCCCAGAAUGGGUAUCUCUGCUAAGUUUUUUUGGUCAGAACAAAUCAUAAGGCUAGCCCAGGUUCAAGGCGUGGGGAAACCAACUAUUCCUCUUAGAGAAACUGAAAAUAAUUUGUGGAGUUUUUCAUCUCUCACAAAUUAUUUGCAUAGGCAAAGAGCAGUGUUUCUCUCUCCCUCUCUUGCACACGGCACCUCUGCCCUGGCUGAAGUCACUAAGACAUUGUCCUGGGCCUUAAAUUUCAGGGAAGAGGUGAUAAGACAGGGUGGAUUUCUCCCAGGACUGGGCUCACUCUGCUAGGGCCAUUUCAUUUUCUGUGCUGGUGGGAUGGGGUAGGUCAGGUGGGACGUUGCAGAGGGGCUCCUGGGGGGAUGGGAAGACGAGGAAGGGUGGAGAGUGAGGCAGGUCUUGCUCUCCCUGCCUGCCUUAGGGAGCUGGUUUGGGCCAACAGAUCUUGGUCACUUGGCAUUUUCAAGUCUCAGUUUCCCAAGCCCAGUAAUGAAGGCAAUAGCUUUCCCACCCAUCCCCUGUCCCAGGGAAGGAUACUAAGAUGAGCAAUAAAAUUUAAAAAGAAUGUAGUCCUAAGUGCAGUGUGACAGCCUGGAUUGAAUCUUGGAACAACAAC